GGUCAUACUAACACAAUCACCGGCGUUACUUACAAAAAUUGAUGUCGGUGUAUGGAGGGAUGCUAGACAUACUUAACCUGAGGAAAAGCGGUUAUCUCUGUGGAUUAUGUAGCUGUAGUAUUAAAGGAGAAAAUUGUACACCGAAGUCCUGUAGUCAUAUUUUCCAUAUUAAUUGUCUGGAAGAAUGGGCUAGUGCAAUUGAUUCUUCGUCGGAGUUUGCUUGUCCGGUAUCAGGAUGUUCGUCUUCGUUUAGUGAAAUUCUUAUUCGCAAGGCGCCUGGUGCAAUAAACUUCACCACUACAUCUCUAAAGGAAGACCACCAGUGUCCAAUUUGUUGUGAAAAAAUUCAAAAGCCUGUAGCAACUCCAGAAUCAUGCAAUCAUGCAUUUUGUUAUAUGUGUCUAAAGGAGUGGUCACGUGUUAGACAUGAAUGUCCGCUAGAUCGAGGAUCUUAUGAACUAAUCCUACUUUCUGAUCGUGUGGGUGGUCCAAUUACCAAGCGGGUUAAUGCCCCGCCAGUUAAGCAGCAACCUCCAGAAACCCCACCACUUGAGCUGGAUACUAACUGUGAAGUUUGUCAGCGUCCCGAUGAUGAGGCACACUUGCUUUUAUGUGACCACUGCGACAGAGGGUAUCAUACUUACUGUCUUCCUACUCCUCUCUCAUCCAUUCCAGAUGGUGACUGGUUUUGCCCAGAUUGUGUACGUCAUAGAGUUGUUCCUCCAGACUCUACUUCUAACAAUGCUGUUGAUACGCAAAUAAGAAGGACUACACGGCGUAGACUAAUUGAUUCGGAGGCAGAGGAAAGUGAUAACGAUGAACUUUAUACUACUUUAGAAGAAUCCAGUUCGGAAAAUCUAAAUUUACGACAUGAACUUAGUUUCACUGCUCAAAGGAGGCUUGAGGAGCAAGCUACCAGACGUCAUCGUGGGCGUCGCUUAUUACAGGAUUUGAUCGCUGACCUCAGUCAACGGGUGACGUCGGAAGCGUCUGUUCGAGCACGGCGCCGCCAAAGUCAGCGACAACGUGUUCGGAAUCAGCUUGCAUCAGAAUCUACCAAUGUAAAUGGAUCCGGUCUGACACGUAUUUCCCAAACAACCAUUUGUUUUGAAAUACCAUCAUCAUUGUAUAACAUUCAAAACACUGUUAUCACUUUUCCUACUUUUUUUCAGACCAAUCAACCUGUUAGCCUUCGUUUGGGACGUCCACUAAGCAGUACUAGUUCCAGUGGCACAAGCCGCAACCAUAACACCACUCGAUCAGAACGUAAUGGACCGGUUUCAAGUGCAAAUCAGCAGGAGCUUUCCCGUAAACGAUUGCGGAUAUUAUCUAGCAGUGAUUCGGAGUCGGAUGAUGAAAGUGGGAUCGCGCUGCGGCAUGUAAAACUUACUGGCCAUCGAUCUCGAUUGAUAAGAUCUCCGAGUAAUGAAUCAAAUAUGGAAGAGUUCCCUGCUGUAUCUGCUGAAUCAUCCGUAGUUUCGCCCACCGGAAAUGAUGAAAGCGAUUCCAACGUACUAAAUGGUUCUGGUAGUCAGCAGGAUAGCACCACCUCAGAAUCUUCGUACAUAGAUAGAACUCAGGAUUCGACUACAGAAAAUAUACAAGAUGAAUCCGACUCUGAACUAUCGGAGUUUAAUGCCAAUUAUAAUCCUCCUGUGAAAACUUCACCAAAAAUACGUAAAAUAUCGAAAAAGAAACCCAAAAGACGUUUGUCAAAUAAGAAAACAAUAAAAAGGCGUGUCAAAAGAAGAGUGGUGAAAUCUAAAACCUCUCGGCGUACAAGAAAAAGACGAAUUAGUAGGAAAAUACCAAGGCUUUCAACAUCCCUAUCAUCUAACAGUCCGAAGGCGUCAACUUCCUCUCAACCACGAUUUCGGGGUGGUGUGAUAGGAACUGGUUUGCCUAAAUUAUCAAUACUAGGUAAAGAAACCCAAUGCAAUUUCAGGCUUAUAGUUGAUGAAGAUAAUGAUGAAGCACCGAUUAGAUCUCCUUCCCCUCCUUGUAAUCCAGUUGCUACUACUUCCUCCGUUUCAAACAAUUCCGUUCCACAACUGAACUCCAGAUCAUCAACUUACCUUAGCGAUAUAGAAGCUGCACAAGAUUCAUUAUUCCACUUUUCCACUCGACAUAUGCAAGUGAAUCCAGACCAUUCGAUGUCGCCUAUUCCAGUGACAAAGCAGUCGUCAUCACACAACAAAACCAAUACAGUAAACAAUAAAACUAAUCCUGUAUCUUUGGUUAACUCACCUCCGUCUCAAUGUUCGACGGAUACUGUAUCCGGCAUCCAUAAGUCUCCUGUAUCUUCGAAUCAAUGUAUAAACACAAAAGCUGAUAGUUCUACUGUUCAGUCUGUAUCAGUUCCUAGCAGUAGUGCUGCUAUUCCAUCCACAUCUCAUGAUUACCCGAAUGAGGCUAAUUCUUCACAUCCUGGUUGGAGUCCAGAAUCUGUCCACCGAGUGAAAUCUACCUUAAAACAUAAUUUAAAGGCUUAUAUCUCUUCUCAUUGCAUUGAUAAAGAAACUUGUCGCGAUAUUUUUCAACGUGCCUGGGGGAAAAUUGUUCAAAAACCACCCCGCAAGGUUACUGAUGAACGCAUCGCAAAAUUAGUAGAUGAUUAUGUCCAGUAUUGUCUAAGGCAUAGAACUUAGUGUUCUAUAAUACUUUGUUAAUAUACCUGUAAAGUUGACCUCUAUUACUUACUUUCCCUAUAUAUGAUAAAGAUUAUUUGUUCUUAAUGUGUUUGUAUAUGGCUAUAAAAUUUACUGAACAUUAUGCUUAAUUGUUGAAAAUACUUUGACAUUCAUACUCAAUUCCAACUAUGAUUAUGAUAUGUAAAUGCAAUAAAAUGAAAUGUGAGCAUUCA